AAAUGAGACACGGUCGCGUCUCCUCCCUCUCUCAGACAGACCCUCCCGCUUUUCACUUAGCUAGAGUUUCUCCUUGCAGAUAACAUUAGUCUCCAUUAUGGCGAUACCGAUGGCAACGGUGUGGCGCUGACCACUGGUGCGAGGAAGGAAACAACUGGGACGCUUAGCUAGCUAGCUAGCUAGCCGUAUACGUUGGAAGAAUGUAACUGCACGAAGUUAAACAGCUACGUGAGUGUCUGGCGUCCUUCGUUUUAGUUUCGUUUUUAUUUAUUUUUAUUAAGUAGAAUUCGCUACGUAGCUACAAUAUUUUUUUCCCCCACUUGCGGAGGAUGGAAGGUGCGCGGUCUGUGGUGUUAGGGGGAAACAGGUUGGCGGAGGAUGAUUCAUUGACGACGACGGUCGGGACGGGGACAAAUGACUCGGAAACGGGCAAAAUAAGUGCCAUUAAGUUUAUGAAGCCCAACAGUGGACUGUCCACCGCUGCGAACAGAGCGGCAGCGGAUGAUUAUGAUGGCGGAGGCGGGGAGUCAAAACCGGAGAGCGAGGGGCUAGCUGUCCCUUUUCAUGUUGCGAUAAGCAAUGGAAAUCACCAAAUCCAAGCCGCUGGCGUUCCUGAAACCACCGCCGCGAACGAUACCGCCGCUAAAACAUCCUCGAAUGCCUGCAGCUCGUCCAGCAGCGGCAACAUCAACUCGCUGCUGCUGAGGAGGCGGCGGCUGAAGAGGAAUUUCUCCGCCGCGGCCACAACUUCUGCGAGCUCGUCGGCCGCCUCCUCCUCGGGUGGGAAAAUGCACGGCGCCGCUUCGUCCUCGUCCCUGGGCACCAGGAGCUUGGACAGGAAGGUGCUGCUGAGGCAGCGCCAGAUGAUGCAGCUGCAGCCCUCGGACAGGGAGUGGGUGCGGGCCGAUCUCCAGAGGGGGUGCAUACACGUGCACGAUAGAGCCAUGCCCCCCUACCUUAGGCCCGUGCUGUGUACGCUGGAGACGACCGCCGGGGAAAUUGCACAUCGACUCGGCCAGCUCGGCAGCAAAGGAGGGUCAGUGGCGAGAGUGGUGGGUAAAGGGGCCCCUGCGACCGACUUCAAUGGCAACUGCAGUGGGAGAUACGGCUUCGGCGAUGCCCACCGCGGGGUGAACGAGAACGGCGGCGUCAAGUCUAACGGCUUGGAUUCCCUGGAACCCCCGGAGUGCGGGGACGAGCUGUCGACCCAGCCAGGUGACAGAGUGAGGUUACUAAUGCUGCCGGAUGACAACCGAAGGCUGCAGCAACAGGAUAUACAUGGGUUCGCGGCCGACUCACUUUUGGACGGCCUGACUGCGAGCGGCAAGUCAUCGGGCAUCACUGUGCGCUUAAAUCACGAGGCUAAUUAUCUGUGUGACGAUGAUACAGACUCAAGGCACAACGGGGCGGAUAGCUGCGGGCUCAACUCCGGUUCUGAUAUAGAUAGCAGCACUUGCGAUGACCUGAGCUCGGGGCCCCAACUUGAUGGCCACCGGGACUCCCUGAGCGACGCCAUGACCUUGGGGACAGACGUUUCUAUCCUGAGCCCGACGGUUGACAGUGCCACGGAUGGCCUCGACCCGUUCGGGAGCUCCUCGGACGAACUGGAGCUCGACUGCACUCCGUCUGGCUUGGUCAUCGACUCCGUCACCCAGCAGUUGGAGAGGCGCUCCACGGACAUCGCUUCCACGGCCAAUAACAACAACGCAGUCAACAGCAGGCUCUGUGGGGGCGAACUGUCAAACUGCGUGGAGGAUGGGGCCGACGACACAACCAGUGGCAGCCGCGAACGGAUCAACGCGGGGAAGCUGCCCUGUAGCCGGGGCAGUAACUCUCUUUCUAGGCCUUUGACGGGCAACGCAGCUGCCAAGCGUGACCCGGCUUACCCUGGCCCUUUGCAAAUCGGUCGAGACUCCGACCGCGCUCAUUUCCCCCCGACUCUUUACGUGCAGCUGCACGGCGAAGCUGCGCGGGCGUUGGGGCAAGACGAGAAGCCUCUGCAGAUUCAAAAUGACUACCUCUAUAAACUUGGAUUUAAAGACCCUUGGAGGGUGCAGGACGAAGGCAUGGACACCGAAAUUGGCUGCCUGAUCCGUUUCUUUGCAGGUAAUGCUGUGUGCUUUGCGGAGGGAAAAAUCGAUGGCGUGCAGCUGAGCCAGGAGUGGCUGGGCUUCAGCGGCAGGGCAGUUUCCUACCCGAGCAGCGCUAGCAGGAUAGCAUCUCGCCUUUUUCCCGCCAGGUUCUCCAAGCUGAGAAGCCUCAACCUGUCCAAUAACCACCUGGGAGAGUUCCCCGAGGCCGUCUGCGACAUCCCCACCCUGACCGAGGUCAACCUCUCCUGCAACUACCUGACCUGCGUGCCCAGCGCCGUGGGGGCCAUGCACAACCUGCAGAUCUUCCUCCUGGACGGGAACAGCGUCCGGACCCUGCCCCCGGAGCUGGGCGACCUGCAGCAGCUGGGCUACCUGGGCCUGUCCUUCAACCAGUUCGGCCAGCUGCCGCCCGUGCUGCACCGGCUGGUCGCCAUGGAGAGGCUGUGCAUGGCGGGAAACAACCUGAGCUGCCUGGACCUGCCGCGUCUGCGCCACGUCCGAGCCAAGCAGGUGGACCUGAGGCUGAAUAAGAUCCAAACUGUGGUUCCGGAGGAGGCGGAGCUCCUGUGUCACGUGACCCACCUGGACCUGCGGGACAACCAGCUGCAGCAGCUGGACGCCUCGCUGUUCCCCAGGCUGGAGGUGCUGCACUGCGAGAGGAACCGGCUCAGCUCCCUGAGCGCGGGAGGGGCGCUGCUCAAGGGCCUGUACGCCUCCUCUAACGAAAUCAGCCAGCUGGAGGUGUAUCCUGUUCCGGGUAACCUGACCUACAUGGACGUCUCCAGGAACAGGCUGGAGAGCCUUCCGGACUGGGUGUGUGAGAGCAAGAAGCUGGAGGUGCUGGACGUCAGCCAUAACCACAUCUGCGAGCUGCCCAUCGGGCUGUUCUGCAGCAGUAGUUUGCGGAAGCUGCUGCUGGGCCAUAACUGGCUGCGGAGGCUUCCGGAAAGGUUGGAGCGCAUGCAGAUCGAGGUCCUGGACCUCCAGCACAACCAGCUGCUGGAGCUGCCGUCCAACCUCUUCCUCAAGGCCGACAGCUUGCGGUGCCUGAAUGCUUCGGCCAAUAAGCUGGAGAGCCUGCCCCCCUCCAGCCUAUCGGAAGAGAGCCAGAGCAUCCUGCAGGAGCUCUACCUCACCAACAACCGCCUGACCGAGAAGUGUGUCCCCCUGCUGACCGGCCACACCCACCUGCGGGUGCUGCACCUGGCGUACAACCACCUACAGACCUUCCCUGCCAGUAAAAUGGCCAAGCUGGAGCAGCUGGAGGAGGUGGACCUGAGCGGUAACCAGCUGAAGGCGGUGCCCACCACCAUCCUGAGCUGCCGGCGCAUGCACACGCUGGUGGCGCACUCCAACUGCAUCCAGGUCUUCCCCGAGGUCAUGCAGCUCAUGGAGAUGAAGUGUGUGGAUCUGAGCUGUAAUGAGCUGAGUGAGAUCACUCUCCCGGAGAACCUGCCCCCCAAACUGCAGGAGCUGGACCUGACCGGGAACCCCCGCCUCUCCCUGGACCACAAGACUCUGGAGCUGCUCAAUAACAUUAGAUGUUUCCGGAUCGAUCAGUCCCCUGCGUCCUUCUCGGUGAGCGAGGGCCCCGGGGCCCCAGCGGUGUGGAGCCACGGGUACACAGAGGCCUCUGGGGUGAAGAACAAGCUGUGUGUGGCCGCUCUCUCGGUGAAUAACUUUCGGGAGAGCCGGGAGGCGCUGUACGGGGUGUUCGACGGGGACCGGAACGUGGAGGUGCCCUACCUGCUGCAGUGCACCAUGGGAGACGUGCUGGCCGAGGAGCUGCACAAGACCAAGAGCGAGGAAGACUACAUGACCAACACCUUCCUCGUCAUGCAGAGGAAGCUGGGCACCGCGGGGCAGAAGCUGGGUGGCUCGGCGGCUCUGUGCCACAUUAAGCACGACCCCAUGGACCCGGGCGGCUGCUUCACGCUGACUGCCGCCAACGUGGGCAAGUGCCAGGCCAUCCUGUGCAGGGACGGCAAGCCCCUCCCCCUGUCCGUCAUCCACAACGUGGGAGUGGCCGAGGAGUACCAGAGAGUCCGGCAGCACAAGGCCAUCGUCACAGAGGACAACAAAGUGAACGGCGUGACGGACUCCACGAGGAUCAUGGGAUACUCCUUCCUGUACCCGUCGGUGAUCCCGCGCCCCCACGUGCAGACGGUGGCCCUCACGCCGCAGGACGAGUUCUUCAUCCUGGGCAGCCGGGGCUUGUGGGACAGCGUGUCACCAGGCGAGGCGGUGGAGGCGGUGCGGAACGUUCCGGACGCGCUGGCGGCGGCCAAGAAGCUGUGCACGCUGGCGCAGGGCUACGGCUGCACCGACAGCCUGAGCGCCGUGGUGGUGCAGCUCAACGUGAGCGAGGACUGCUGCUGCUGCUGCUGCCAGCCGCCCAGCCCCGGCCCCGGGCCCUUCGCCCCGCCCCUCAGCGUGGUGAUCCGCGAGCGGCCCGCCCCCCACGCCGCCGCCGACGCCCUGCCCAUGCCCUCGUCCUGCAGCGAGAUCAGCAGCGAGGUCUCGGCCUCGGAGAUGAGCAGCGAGGUGGGCUCCACGGCCUCCGACGACCCGCCGCAGGGCGGCCUGCUGCACGAGCCCCACCUGGGGGGCGGGGCCUCUGGCGGGGGCGGAGUCGGGGGAGGGGCCUUCCUGCCCUCGGAGCCGCGCUGCUGCGCGCUGCACGCCGUCUGCCUGGCCGGCUCCUUCCGCCGGCAGCUCUCCAGCGCGCUCUCCGAAAACGGGCUGGACAGCGAGGACGAGGAGCCCAUCGCCGGCGUCUUCUCCAACGGCAGCCGCGUGGAGGUGGAGGUGGACAUCCACUGCCUGCGCGCCCGCGAGCGGGCCCUGGCCUGCCUGCCGCCCCCGCCACCCCCCACCCCAGAGGCCCCCGACGCGGGGGCGGAGCCUGGCGCCGGCGGCGAGCCGGACGGGGGCUGGGCCGGUGGGGGGUGCGGUCCCCCGCAGGGCCGGGGCGGGGCAGGGGGAGGGGACUGCGGCCGAAACACCGCCACCCUGGGCAGGCGCCGGGGGAACGGCUCGGUGGCCCCGCCCGAGAAGAGCCACAACCUGAUCGAGGUGGCGGCCGACGCCCCCGCCAAAAAGCAAGGGGGCUACUUCGCCGCCCCGGCCCAGCCCGACCCCGACGACCAGUUCAUCAUCCCGCCAGAGCUGGAGGAGGAGGUGAAGGAGCUGAUGAAGCAGCACCAGCAGCAACAGCAACAGCAGCAGCAGCAGCAGCAGCAGCAGCAGAGAGCGCCCCCUACUGACCAGCCUGCAGACUACUACGACACUCCCCUCUGAGGACUCAGUGCUGCUCCAAAAAGACUUUCCUUCAUGGUUUUUACAUUAUUUUAUAUAGUUAACAUUCCCUCCUCCGAGCUCCAUGCCCCCAAAAGUAAAUUACACUGCAAUUGUUUUUUUUUAUUUUUUUUAUUUUAUUUUAUGAGAUCAACACUAGUUUCAUGCAUUACUGCUUACACAAAUUAAGGUUAAUAUAUUUUAAAUUUUACCAUAUCAUUUUAUGACUUAAAGAUUAUGCUGAAAAGCACUUUUUUAAUGCAAAGUCUUUUAUUUGAAAUUAAUUGUAUGUUGGAUGGUACAUAUAAUACCAUGUUUAACUAUUAUAAGUAGAGAAGUUUAAUAUUUCUUCAGUAAAUCAUGGCUUUUGGCCUUUAAAAAGUCAUAGAAAUUUGUAGAAAUUUAAAGACUAACUCCUAGGAGUUGCUUACUCAUUAAUGUGACUUAGUCACUGAAAUGUACUAAUCUUCUCUGAGAGAAAAGGUGAUUUUUUUCAAUGAUUGACUGUAAAUAGGAUAAAUGUUGUAUAGUGAUGCAAUGAAAGGGGGUGUGGUCAGUGGCCAGGUUCAAGGGUCACUGACCCGGAAGCAAUGAGAGCGUCUGGGUCACUAAAGAUGUUUGGCAGUGUUGAGACAGCCACCUGUGUGUGGGAGAACUGUGACUGGUCACCUGGAUGGUCAGAACACGCACACGUGUGCACACACACACACACACACACACACACAUAUACACACACAUAAACACAUGCAUACACACACGUAUACAGACAGACAUGCAUGUGAACACACACU